UUGGUUAUCGAUUAUCGAAAGCCGUUAAAAGUGUGACAAAAAUUCAUUUUAUAACUCAAAGUCUUAGUUGUUUUGAUUUUGUUUGAAGAAUAAAAAAAGUGUUGACCAGAAGUGAUAGCUAUGAUUUGUUGUCAUCAAUAUGUUGUGUGGCUGACUGUCUUAACGAUCAGUUGGACAUCGAUUGUUGUCGUCAUCGGAGGUCCAGACAUAUGUAAGAACGGCGCCACCAUUGACUCAGUAGCCUAUAUUCUGUCUAAGAAACAGUGGUUCAUAACGAGCGGUGGUUAUCAUUGGCUACUGAAUGACGAUUCAGAUUUCCCGCCCAAACGUAGCGGUCAACCAUUGCCGGGCGGCUUCAAGAAAGGCGACGCCGCCGUGUAUAUCGAUGCCCAGAGCAUCUGCGGACAAGGCGAACAAGAGCUGCACGUUGUUGAGCACACCGACGAUGGCAACAAAGUGUUGAUAUAUGACGUAAAAACGUCCAAAUGGGCUGACUCGCCGAUCUCUUAUGUGGCCAACAAAUACUUUGCCAAAGCAAAGGUCAUGUGGAACCGGCCGAUUGAUUCUAUGUUUAUGUGGCGAUCGUAUAUAAUGAUCAUUCAGGGAAGUAAUGUUGCCGCAGUCAACAUCGAGCCGUUGUGCAAAAAAGGCGAGGUCGAGGCCUAUAAUCCCAGCAGUCUGGACGAGUUGGGCAGUGCGCCUACAAUUGACGCGGCGACAGACUUGGAUCAUGAAGUAAACAAAAAUGCGAUCUAUCUAUUCACUGAGGAUUACUUCUGGCGUAUUCCCGGAGUUAAGUUCAGUGGUGGUAAAACAAAAUCCGAAUCCAAAUCUCAGAUGAAAGACACGGCACCGGACUUCUUGCAUUUUAAGCGCGGUGAGUGUCCGUGCGAUCGGUGCCGCAAGAAAACAGCAUUCAAUCCUAAUACAGCUACUCUGGGAUCGGUUGAGACACAUAAACCUAACGAUGCCGGAGCUGAUAUAGACUCUGGUGCCAAUGUCACCGAAAGCAUUUCUCAAUCGACACUAAAUAGUCAAUCGUCGGAUUCCAUUACAGAGUUGAAUUCAGUGUCGUCGACAUCGGGUGACAGCGGUGGCAGCAAUUGGUGGAUUUGGAUCAUAAUAAUAAUUAUUAUUAUAAUUAUUAUUAUUGUAAUCUUACUAUUGCUGUGCUGUUGCGGUGGCAAGAAGUCUAAGUCGGCACAGAAAUCAAAAUCGGGACCCGUUGGUGGUGAUGGUGGUGAAGCUGGUGCUGGUAGUGCUAGCCGUACUGGUUCCAGCACUGGUGGGGCCAGUCGUACCGGCUCUAAAACUGGUGGUGCAGGAGGCGCAGGUGCCGAUGGCGCAAGCGGUUCUAAGGCAACGUCUUCAAUGGGAUCCAGUCCAUCAACAAUGUCGCUUCGCUCUCAAACUGGUGCUGCCGGAAUCGAUUCGGGAGCUAAAGGUGCAUCCAAAACAGGUGCCGCGUCUAAAACUGGUAGCGGUUCGACAGGUGGUGCUGGAGCCGGGUCUAAGACUGGAAGUACUGAAGCCGUGUCCAAGACAGGUGCUGCUGGAGGAGCCGCGUCUAAAACAGGUGGCGCUGGAGGAACCGCUUCCAAAACAGGUGGAACGACAUCCACUUUGGGAAGCAGUCCAUCGGCGGCUUCGGUUCGCUCGCAUGCAAAGUAA